GUGAGAGUGUUUUUCACCUCUUGUGCACUCGAAUGCAUUGUGGAUGAUCAAAAGAGAGAGAGAGAGAAAGAUAGUUUGCUCUGAGUGAAAACAUGCAUUAGCUGCAGCAGAGCCAGUCGGUUGGAUUAGUGCAGGUUUGCGGCUCUGCGUAAAUCAGCUGUGAGAUAGAGACGCGCGCGCGCGCGAACGCGCACCUACACGCACAUACACGUACACACCCGCACACCUACACGCACAUGCACACGCACAUGCACACGCACACACUGUCUGACUUGCAUUCAUCGUUUCGUUUUCCUCUGGGUAAGACCACCGUGGUUGUAUUCCUACUUGGUAACAAGGUUAUUUCUUUACGCACGGUUGAACCCAUGGCCAAGGGAAACGAAGGCUCGGGAAAGGGCUCGUGGAAAAAGCAAGUCGAUGACAUCAAGAGGAUUUUCGAGUUGAAGGAGAUUCUCGGGACUGGCGCGUUCUCAGAAGUGGUUCUUGCUCAGGAGAGGGCCACAGGGAAGAUGUAUGCGGUCAAAUGCAUCCCGAAGAAAGCUUUAAGAGGGAAAGAGAGCAGCAUAGAGAACGAAAUCGCUGUGCUCAGGAAGAUCAAGCAUGAGAACAUUGUUGCUCUUGAGGACAUCUAUGAAAGCCCCAACCAUCUGUACCUCAUCAUGCAGCUCGUGUCUGGAGGAGAACUGUUUGAUCGAAUUGUCGAGAAGGGCUUCUAUACUGAAAAAGACGCCAGUGCUUUGAUCAAACAAGUUCUGGAUGCGGUCAACUACCUCCACUCACUGGGCAUAGUCCACAGAGAUCUGAAGCCAGAGAAUUUGUUAUAUUUCAACCCUCAUGAUGAGUCUAAAAUAAUGAUUAGUGACUUUGGCCUGUCAAAGAUGGAAGGAGCAGCAAAUGACAUCAUGUCCACCGCCUGUGGGACUCCAGGAUAUGUCGCUCCAGAGGUCCUGGCACAGAAGCCCUACAGUAAAGCAGUAGAUUGUUGGUCUAUUGGAGUUAUUUCUUACAUAUUGUUAUGCGGCUAUCCUCCUUUUUACGAUGAGAAUGAUUCCAAGCUAUUUGAGCAGAUCCUUAAGGCUGAGUAUGAAUUCGAUUCGCCCUACUGGGAUGAUAUCUCAGACUCAGCCAAAGAUUUCAUCAAUAAUCUGAUGCAGAAGGAUCCAGAGAAGAGGUUCACGUGUGACGAGGCUCUUCGGCAUCCCUGGAUAGCUGGAGACACGGCUCUUUGUAAGAACAUUCAUGAGUCAGUCAGCCGGCAGAUGAAGAAAAACUUUGCCAAAGCCAAAUGGAGGCAAGCGUUUAACGCUACAGCAGUGAUCCGACAUAUGAAGCGCCUGCAGCUGGGCAGCAGUUUAGGCAGCAGCAUGGACGCCACCCUGCACAGGACUGAGAACCAAGCACAAAUGCGUGCCAAAAGCCAGUCUAUCGAUGUCUCCUCCAUCAACCACAAGGACUAUGCGCCCCGUAGAGUCUCGAACACAGGGGCGACGGAGAAGCGAUGCACGCGGCCUUCCACCGUCACCACCAUCAUCACCGGGUCCAAGUGACGCUGCUUUCCCAGAGAGCCACUGUACUUUCACAAUUCCUUGGUCACUUCUCACCACCUUGUUCAAUCCUUGUUGUGCUAGUCACCGGUCAGUAGCACACAAUUCUGCAUGAUGGUAACAGAAUAACAGAAGGUGCUACUUGAGAAGUUUAACCAAGUCCGUGAAGUGAUGGAAGACUCCGUUAUUGAUCAGCACCGCUGCUGAAGACCCGAGUGGGACGUCCUGUCGAUUUCAGGGCUGUGUUUGCUUGGUGGAUUCGUUCAAGAAGUGAUUCGAUAUGGAGUUUAUGACUGUUUAAAGCUGCUUUUAAUACCAUGGAAUAAACACCAAGUAGAGGAGUUGUAUAGAGUUGCUUUAAUGUGGUCUAUAGUUCAUUUCAGCUGGUCCUUGAUUUCUUCCAUUAUACAGUAACUUAAUGAGCAAAUGAAGCACCAUUUCCACUAAAUCUGAAUGUAAAGUUAGAUAACUGUGUAUAGCAGAGAAUCUGAAUUUCUCCUGGUUUUACCUGUAUUUUCAGGUAAUAUCCUGCUCUGGUUUUGUAAGUACGCACAUAAUUAAAUGCCAUUAAUCAAGAUACUUAUUGUUUUGUUUUGUUU